CAGGUCUGCAAAGCUUCUUCAUUUUCUUCUUCUAACUUCCCUUCUUGUGUCCGGGGAGUUAAGUACUAGAAAAACUAAAGUCCAGAAUGCUAAGGUUGCCACUCUCACUUCCUCUCACCCCUUACUGUUUUGAAUACAGUAAUAGCCUUGGGGCACCCACCAGGAAGAGAAGACGUCAGUGCGGCAGAGUGGCUGCCAGGUCUGUCCUGCAGUGACAGCUCAUCAUGCUUUCACGGGGCCACUGCUGGUCUCAGAAAAUGCCAGGAUGAUCCCUCCCCGGAGCCUGGCUGGGACUUUGAUCCCAGCCAUGGCCUUCUUCUCCUGCCUGAGACCCGAGAGCUGGGAGCCCUGCGUGGAGGUGGAGCCUAAUAUUACAUACCAAUGCAUGGAGCUGAAUUUCUCCAACAUCCCCAAUAGCAUCCCCUCCUCAGUCAAGAACCUGGACCUGAGUUUCAACCCCUUGAAAUGCAUAGGAAGUCACAGCUUCUUCAAUUUCCCAGAACUGGAGGUGCUGGAUUUAUCCAGGUGUGAAAUUCAGACUAUUGAAGAUGAUGCAUAUGAGGGCUUACACAAGCUCUCUACCUUGAUAUUGACAGGAAAUCCUAUCCAGAGCUUAGGCCCAGGAGCCUUUCAUGGACUCUCAAGUUUAAAGACAUUGGUGGCUGUGGAGACAAAACUGGCCUCACUAGGAAAUUUCCCUAUUGAACAUCUCACAACAUUGGAAAACCUUAAUGUGGCUCACAAUCUUAUUCAUUCCUUCACAUUACCCGAAUAUUUUUCUAACCUGCCAAACCUGAAGCGCUUGGACCUUUCCAGCAAUAAGAUUCAAAAUAUUUCUCAUAAGGACUUGCAGGUUCUACACAAAUUGCCCUUACUCAAUCUCUCUUUAGACCUAUCUCUGAACCCAAUAGAUUUCAUCCAACCUGACGCCUUUAAAGAAAUUAGACUUCACGAACUGAAGCUAAGAAGCAAUUUUCAUAGUAAAAAUGUAAUGAAAACUUGUAUUCAAGGUCUGGCUGGUUUGAAAAUUCAUCGCUUGGUUCUGGGAGAAUUUAAAAAUGAAAGGAAUGUGGACAUGGUUGACAAAUCUGUCCUGGAAGAACUCUGCAAUUUGACCAUUGAGGAAUUUCGAUUAGUAUUUAUAGAUUAUUUGUCAGGAGAUGUUAUUGACUUAUUGAAUUGUCUGGCAAAUGUUUCUGCAAUGUCUCUGAUGAGCCUGAAUAUGAAAAGCGUAAAAGAAAUUUCUAGAGGCUUCAACUGGCAAUCUUUAGAAUUGGUGAAGUGUCAAUUUAAACAAUUUCCUAAGGUGAUGCUCCCAUCACUCAAAAGGUUUACUUUCAUUGCCAACAAAGGUUUAACUAGUUUUGAAGAACUUGAAGUACCAAGCCUUGAACAUCUAGAUCUCAGUAGAAAUAACUUGAACUUCAAGAGUUGCUGUUCUCACACUCAAUUUGGGACAAACAGACUGAAGUACUUAGAUAUGAGCUUCAAUGGGGUUAUUACAAUGACUGUAAAUUUCAUGGGUUUAGAACAACUGGAGUAUCUGGAUUUUCAGUAUUCCACUUUGAAAAAGACCAAUGAGUUUUCAGUAUUCUUGUCACUCAGCAAACUUCGUUACCUUGAUAUUUCUUACACGCAGAUCCAUGUGGCCUUCUUUGGCAUCUUCCAAGGCUUGGUCAGUCUUCAAUUAUUGAAAAUGUCAGGCAAUUCUUUUGAAGAUAACCUCCUUCCAGAUAUCUUCACAGGCAUGAAUAACUUGACCUACCUGGACCUUUCUGAGUGUCAAUUGGAACGGGUGUCUGAGAAAGCAUUUGACACUCUCCCUAAACUUAAGUUCCUAAAUAUGAGUCACAACAACCUCUUUUUGUUGGAUGAAUUUGCUUAUAAACCUCUCUACUCCCUCCAGAUUCUGGACUGCAGUUUCAAUAGCAUAAAAUCUUCCCGAGUGCAAGAACUACAGCAUUUUCCAAGUAAUCUAACCAUAAAUCUUACUCAGAAUGCGUUUGCUUGUACUUGUGAACACCAGAGUUUCCUGCAGUGGAUGAAGGACCAGAGGAGGCUCUUGGUGGAAGCUGAAAAACUGGUGUGCGCAACCCCUUCAGAUCUGCAGGGCAUGCCAGCUCUGAGUUUUAGGAAUGACACCUGUGAAAUAAGCAAGACCAUUAUCAGUGUGUCAGUACUGAGUGUGCUGGUGGUGUCCAUUACAGUGUUUCUGGUCUACAAGUUCUAUUUUCACUUGAUGCUUCUUGCUGGCUGCAGAAAGUAUGGCAGAGGUGAGAGUACCUAUGAUGCUUUUGUGAUCUACUCAAGCCAGGAUGAGGACUGGGUGAGGAAUGAGUUGGUAAAGAAUUUAGAAGAAGGAGUGCCCCGCUUUCAGCUCUGCCUCCACUACAGGGACUUUAUUCCUGGUGUGGCUAUUGCGGCCAACAUCAUCCAGGAGGGUUUCCAUAAAAGCCGGAAGGUGAUAGUGGUGGUGUCUCAGCACUUUGUCCAGAGCCGCUGGUGUAUCUUUGAAUAUGAGAUUGCUCAGACCUGGCAGUUUCUGGGCAGCCACGCUGGCAUCAUAUUCAUCGUCCUUCAGAAGGUGGAGAAGUCCCUGCUCAGGCAGCAGGUGGAGCUGUACCGCCUGCUCAGCAGGAACACUUACCUGGAGUGGGAGGACAGUGUCCUGGGGCGGCAUAUCUUCUGGAGGCGACUCAGAAAAGCCCUGAUGAAUGGAAAGCCGUGGAGUCCGGAAGCAACAGCAGAUGAAGGAAACAACCAGCAAGAAGCAACAAUGUGUACCUGAGAAGGAAAAACCCGAGGCACCUCUUGCCUAGUGGGAUCUGACCCACGAGGGUCGGAUGUGUUGUGAGCUAACACAUUAAUGUUACAGUCUGCCAGGCAUUGGUCUCUGUACAAGUGAUUCAGUGGUGCAAGAGAGACACAGGACUGCUGAUCACAUGGAGCUUACGAUGCAGAGGAAAUCAAUACUGUGCUAAAGUCCAGAAAUUCCAGGUGUGUAUUUCAACCAACGCAACCAGAGUCAUGACUGGGAAAGUGGAUUCAACUACUUCUUCACCACAACUGAACAAGAACUGAGAGACAGGAUCCCAGUGUGAGCAGAUAGCAACAUUGUUCUCCUCUUGCACCUUUUGAGAGGAAGCCACCUCAUGCAUAAUGCUUUAGCUAUCUUGGAAGAGUUUUGGAAGUGCCAAGGGAAAUGGACGUUUGUUUACUUUUCCCUUUUUUUUUUGAAUACAAUUUAAAUUCUGCUUGAUGACUCAGGUUGAUCCUGAUUCAAAAUUCCCCUUCCAUUUUAUGUCAGUUUCCUUAGUCUUGCAACUAAUUCCUAAGGAAAGCUGAUUAAUAUACACUCAUCAACAUCCUGGUCAUUCUUUAGCAUGCACUAUUUAUUAAGUAUGAAUUCCUGAUAUAUUUUUAUUUUUAUAAGUCAGUUCUCAUUUUUCAUGUAUUGUCUAUAAAUCUACAUCAUAAAUAAGAAUAUUAGAGACAUGCUGGAAUUAUCCAUAUUUAACCACUAUUUUUCAAGCAAGUAUGUAAAAUACACUCUGUCUCUUUGGCACUGAAUGUCAUUCUUAAGUUAUUACCACUGAGUUAUGGCUGUCAUGGAGGCUGUAUUAAAAUAAUUUGGCCAAAAGAGACAUUUUGUUAACAGGGGGAGAAAAGUCUGACUUAUUGGACUUUCAAAGAGCAAUUUGAGUUGGAUGUAGAAAGAGAAGUGGGGUGACCUCAGUAGGUCACCUGUUCUUGAUGAUUCUAAAAACACGUGGACCAAUACAGUUGGAGUGACCCCAUGAAAUGUGUGGCAGCACAGGUUUCUUCUCUGGAUGAAUGUGGUUGGAAGGAAUGUCACAUACUAUCAGGGAGAAGGAAGCUGGGCUUCCCUCCCCUGCACUUUCCCCGUGGCCAGACCUGCUGGUGAAGUGAUUCAAGGCAGGGACUGCAUGCUGCUGCUUCCAGUGGAGUGUCACUUCCUGACCACGUUUGGCAAAGAGUAGAUGUUAUCACUGAGAAAACAAUGUGCUCACAGUCAAUGGGGCUCAUGGUAAGGGGAGUUCCCGUAAAGCACAUUUACCCUACUUCCCUAGAACUGAUACAUCCAAAGAAAGAGAAAUGAGGACAUCAUUAGGGAAAAGCAAAUCAAGCCACAAUGACAUAUCACUUUAUGCCUAUUAGAAUGGUUAUUCCACAUGGGAUAUACAAUGGCUACUAUAUGUAAAAGGUAAGUGUUGUCAAGGAGAAGGAGAAGUUGGAGCCCUUCUACAUGGUGGGAAUAUACAUGAUGCAGUCAUUAUGUAUAACUGUAUGGAGAUUCCUCUAGAAAAUAAAAAUUGAUAAUAAAACUAUGUAUGAUCCAGCAAUCCCACUUCUGGAUGUAUAUCCAAGAUAAUUGAAAUCAGGAUCCCAAAAUAUAACUGUAUUCCCAUAUUUAUUGCAGCCAUAUUCACAAUAGCCAAGUUAUGACACCAUCCCAAGUAUCCAUUGCUAGAUAAACAGAUAAAGAAAAGGUGAUAUAUACAUGCAAUGGAGGAUUUCUCAGCCUUAAGAAGAAGGAGAUCCUCUCAUGUGUGACAAUAUGGAUAAAACUGGAGGUCCUUAUCUGAGUGAAACAAGCCAGUUUCAGAAGGGAUGGGAAUUCUGGAAAUUGCAGAUGAAGUGAACAUGGAGAGAAAGAAUUGACAUGUGCAAAAAUAGAAGGUAAAGAGAUCAGAAAGUCAGGCCUAGGUAGGACUCUGCAGUCAUUUAACUCCUGUGGAUGAAAGAGAAAUGGAAUAGAGAUAAAUUAAUAUUAAUUAGAAUGCCUUAAAUUUGUGUAAUGCUCUAUAACUUGGAACAUAUUCACAUAAUUAUAAUCUCCUAUUAGCCAGAUAAGACAGCAGAUGAAGAAUGAAUUUCUCCAUUUCAUUAACGUGAAGCCUGUAUUUCAAUGAAAUAAAUGUAUUGUCAGUAGAUCACAGAGGAAGCAGCACCAAGGCCUACCCCUGGGCCUCCUGCCCACUGGGGAGCACUUUCCACACACCCCAUUGCUUCAUGCCUAGUGCUGGCAAAACUAGAAGUGAAACUCUGCAGUUCCCUGUGCGGUUGGCAUUAGUCAAGGGGCCUUCAACUGAAACCAUGAAUCACUGAGCAAAUACAUAUGCAUGUUUAUAUUAUGUAACAAGUGAUUCUGUAACAUGUCUGCUUUCAUAAAGGACUAGAGGAAGCUUCAAAGUGUAUAUGA